UCCCAUCUCUCGCAAGUCGCAAGUCGCAACAUCCCAGUACUGAGUAGCACACUGUCACUCGCAAGCAAAGCCCUAGCUGCUGUUUAUCCGAAAGAAGAAUAAAAUGAUGAAGCUUUCGACGCGAUUCCUCCAGCAACUUCACUCCACCAGGAACACUUCACUUGGGAAAUCAGCCGUCACCGGAGACGCUCUUCUUCGCCUCCAAUCUCCCAUUUCCACCGCUGCUGCAGGCAACGCCGAUAAUUCUGCUGGGGAUCGGAUAUAUGCACCGUUCUCUGUCUACAAAGGGAAAGCUGCUCUUUCCGUCGAACCCGUCCUCCCAACUUUCACUAAAAUCGGCGCGGGAGCUCUUAAGGUUGGCCGGUCUGGUACCAUGAUGAUGACCUUCGUGCCUGCCAUCGGUGAGCGCAAGUAUGACUUUGAGAGAAAACAGAAGUUCGCUCUCUCGGCAACAGAGGUUGGGUCUUUGAUAAGCAUGGGUCCCAAAGAUUCCUCUGAUUUCUUCCAUGAUCCCUCCUUGAAGUCGAGUAAUGCUGGUCAAGUGAGGAAGUCCUUGUCAAUCAAACCUCAUGCUGAUGGUAGCGGCUAUUUCAUUUCUCUGACUGUUGUUAACAACAUUCUCCAAACCAAUGACCGUGUAACUGUUCCUGUCACGACAGCUGAAUUUGCAGUUUUGAAGACAGCUUGCAGUUUUGCCUUGCCACAUAUCAUGGGCUGGGAUCGAUUAACUUCACCACAAGCGAAAGAUGCGGGGCAUCCAGCAAAACUGAAAUUGCAGCCAGAGUUGGAAUGGGAUAAAUGAUAGGCAGGCACCACUGGUUGUCGUUUUAGGGAUUAAUGCUCUGGAGAUUAGUCUAGUCUGCUUUUCUGGUGGGCUGUUUUUGUUCAUGUUUUCCUCCAGAGGAAAUUGCCCACCACUAUGUUGGAAAACUGCGAAGUAUUGGUGACUUGUUAGAUGGACGUAAUGCCUGUAAUUAUUAUGGUUUUUCCAGAUUUGUACUGAGUUAAUUAGAAUUAGAUUA